AGAUGACUGAAGAGGAACAGUUUGCACUGGCCCUGAAAAUGAGUGAGCAAGAAGCCAGACAAGUGAAUUGUCAGGAAGAGGAAGAGGAGGAGCUCUUGAGGAAGGCCAUUGCUGAGAGCCUUCAUAGCUGUCGGCCCUCAGACUCUUCUGAUGCAACCCCUCAGCUGUCUGCAGAAGUGCUGGGCGCACGAGGCCAAGGCCAGCCCGCUGAGAAAGAAGGCUCUGAGAUCCUGGGAGGUCUGGCGCUUUGCCCUGGCACCCCUCGCUCCGAGUGCAGCUCCCACUCACAGAGCGCCAGAGCUGAUGGGAGCGGACAGAUGGAUGUCGCCCGAAGCCCCCUGGUAGUGCUGAGGAGGUUAAGCCAGGAAAUCGUUGAAAGCUCACUAGCAUCCAGCAUAAUCGUGACUCCAGGGAAGGGCCAGCCUGUGACAAGGUCAAGUGAAAAGCCUUCCUCACCAGCAAAAAGUGAUUCUAGUAUCAUGUUACCCAGCACUCUCGAAGAGAACCUCAUCUCUUUGAGUCCCACCUUUGGCAGGGUGACUUCAGGCUCCUGGCGACUGACACCUCGGAGACUGUUCACAAGCCCCUCCAGCUCUUCUGAAGCAACAGGCCACGAACCAGAAGAGCAGCCCCUGCCCUGCACUGGCCGUUCUGUGGGAGAAGCUGGUGCUGAGAGCUCAGCCACAGUCUGGAAGAGCUGGACUGUGGAACAGCGUGACAGCCCCCGGAGGAGUGGUGGGGGGGCAGAUGCCAAGCACACUUUGCAGGCCAGGCACACCACCAAAGCCUGUGUUUCCACAGAGCAAGCAGAGCAGAACGAGGUGCCUGACAGUACCCCUGAGCUUUGCGUACUGAAUGCAGCAGAGGAGAAGCACAAGCAGGAGGAGGCGAGGGACACAGUGCACUAUUACUGGGGCGUUCCCUUCUGCCCCAAAGGAGUGGACCCCAACCAGUACACCAAAGUCAUCUUGUGUCAGCUGGAGGUUUACCAGAAGAGCCUGAAGCAGGCUCAGAGGCAGCUAUUGCAUAAGAAGGAGUUUGGUAACCCAGUUGUGCCCAGUUCUUCCUUGAACCAAAAUGAGCCUGGGAAAGGAGAGCAGAUAAGCAGGGAGAACGGGGUUGCCGAUGAUACGGAAGAUGGAGACCCAGAUGGCCAGAAGGAGUCUGAGAGCAUCACCUGGCUCCUCCCUUCAAAGAGAAGGGAGGCAGAGAGUCCAGGGCCCAGUAUGGAAGAGAAGAACUCCACUGAUGAUGAUGAACCGACCACAAGCUACUGCCAG